AUGAUAGCAAAGCUCUCGGCCGCGAUCGCAGGUCUCCAUACUGAGCCUCCACCCGAAGAUGUUCUCCCAUCUGAAAUUGCCCUGACUCAUGCCCGUGAGAAAUUGAUCCAACACUUACCAACCAAGGGUGUUGGACUAGAGGAUACGAUCAAGCACUUGAAAGAGGAUAUUGUCCCAGGGUUCAAUGCAUCCAGCCGUUCGUCCAAUUACUAUGGUUUCGUAACUGGAGGAACCACACCAGCGGCAAGUCUGGCAGACAACUUAGUAACUGCCUGGGACCAGAAUGUUGGAGUGCAUCUUCCGAAAGAGACUAUCGCAACGGAGGUGGAAGACAAAGCUCUCUCACUGCUCUGUGAGUUGCUAAACCUCGACCCUGCACAAUGGCCGUAUCGUACCUUUACGACUGGAGCAACGGCUAGUAAUAUCCUCGGCCUGGCGUGUGGUAGAGAGUAUAUUAUUGCAGAGGCAGCCGCUAUCCGAAGUUCCUCUGCCGCGAGUGUUGGGCAUCUGGGUAUUUAUGAAGCCUUGCACCGCGCUGGCCUUGACAAGAUCCAAGUCCUGACAACGGUACCCCAUUCGUCUCUGAGCAAAGCAGCUAGUCUUAUUGGAAUGGGUCGCGCUUCAGUUAAGACUAUUGCUCUCAAAGACUCCCCACUCAAAUUCGACAUCCCUCGCCUUGAGAACAUGCUCAAAGAAGCGGGAACUGCAUCUGUUGUUGCUAUCUCUGCUGCUGAGGUCAAUACGGGAUUAUUCGCUACAUCCGGACUGAACCAGAUGAAAGAGAUCCGGAGAAUUUGCGAUAUGUAUGGUGCCUGGAUACAUGUCGACGGCGCGUUCGGGAUCAUGGGACGCAUGCUAACUUCGCCUUCGUACCAAACCAUCAUCAAUGGCUGUGCGGGUCUCGACCUCGCCGACUCUAUAACUGGCGAUGGUCACAAACUCCUUAAUGUUCCCUACGACUGCGGAUUCUUCCUCUCGCGGCAUCGGGACAUCGCGUUCCAUGUCUUCCAGAACCCGAAUGCUGCGUACCUUAGCUCUGGCCUUAGCACUGACACUAUCAUGUCACCCUUGAACAUCGGCAUUGAAAACUCCCGUCGACUGCGUGCCUUACCUGUCUACGCUAGUUUGAUGGCGUAUGGAAAGGACGGGUAUAGGGAGAUGUUGGAACGACAGGUUCAGCUUGCGAGGGCCAUUGCUGAGUUUAUUAUUGAGAGCGACGAUUUUGAGCUCUUACCUAUCUUUGCUGGAGAAAAGGACGAAGUCUUGGGUAAUGUUUAUAUGAUUGUGUUGUUUAGAGCAAAUGAUGAGGGUUUGAAUAAGGAGCUAGUUGACAGAAUUAAGACGACGAGAAAGAUCUACGUGUCGGGUACUGCAUGGGAAGGGAAACCAGCUUGUCGGUUUGCAGUUUCGAACUGGAUGGCAAAUGUGGAGAAAGAUCUGCCUGUUAUUAAAGAAGCGUUGCGGGGAGUCGUGGACAAAUACAAAGCACAGAAAUAG